GAGGAAGGCUUUAAAAGAGUCGUUUCUGGUUUUGGGGGUUAGUUACAACAGUACCAUGGAGAAACAACUAGCUGUUGGGGUUGCUCUUUUUCUAAUUGCCCUCAUUCCCCAUGGUGAGGGUAUAAUCGGUGGCAGAGAGGCAGUGCCACACUCUCGACCCUACAUGGCCUCCAUCCAGGUACCAGAGGGCAACACGCUGAAGCAUGAAUGUGGGGGAUUUGUGGUUGCAGAUCAGUGGGUGAUGACUGCAGUACACUGUAUGCCGAACGGUGCAAAUGGAAGGAGAGUGGUGCUGGGCGUCCAUUCUCUGAGUGAAGCUGAAGAUACAAAGCAAACCUUUGACAUCAUGGAGCUACACAACCAUCCCGACUUCAGCAUAGAAAAUUAUGAUAAUGACAUUGCUUUAAUCAAGUUGGACCGACCGUUCAACGCCUCCAAUGCCAUCAGGGCCGUCGAACUGCUGCGAGYRGGAGGCACAAACCCCGACACGGGCGCGGUGGUUGAGACGGCUGGCUGGGGGUCGCUGGACAACCUGGGAUCAAGGCCGGACAAACUCAAAGAGGUGGUCAUCGAAGUGAUCAACCGAGCUAAAUGCAGGCGCACCGACUACUUUGGCAGAAAGUUCACCAACAACAUGAUAUGUGCCCACAAAGUCUGUCGAGAGGACUGUGUUCACUCUCAUGCAAUGGAAGACAGCUGUGAUGGUGACUCUGGCGGUCCUCUGCUUUACAACGGCAUCGCGGUUGGCAUCACCUCCAAUGGAGGGAAAAAGUGCGGCCAAAUUAAAAAGCCCGGGAUUUACACCAUCAUCUCCCACUUCACCGARUGGAUAGACAACACCAUGGGCACUCAGCCGGCUGCAGCUCCACAGGAAGCAAGUUAAAGGGAAACUUCACACAAAGAAACAGUGUUGAGCCACGAGGUUAUGAAUUCUGACUCUAGCACUGUGAAUAUACUGCAAACAUGUAUAAUCUCAUGAAUUUCACCUGUGUAUCUCACUUUUUUUWAAAACAAAGAAUAAAGUUUUGUCACCGUUUCAUGUUUGUUGCAAAGA